UGUCGGUUAUGAGAGUGUUUCUCACUCUUACUACUUUGCUUUCUCUCUCCAUAAAUUCUUUUUUUUCUAUUCAUCGAACUUCAAUCACUCUCCCUCUCUCGUUAAAUCGCGUUUCCAUUGAUGAACCCUCUGUAAAUUCUCUCUUCUCUUCCUUUUCCUCUCUAACAAUUCUCUCGUCGUAGCUGUGGCCGGCUGGUGGCUGCGGCAGUGAGCGAGCCUGAGUAUGGAGAAGAUAUCGCCGUGCUUGCUUGCGGUGGCUGUAGUAUUUCUCUGCUGCGGCGUCACCUGCGUGAGAUCUGACGAAUCUGAUCAUCGGUACAAGUCCGGUGAUGAUGUUCCUCUCUACGUCAACAAAGUCGGCCCCUUCCACAACCCCAGCGAAACAUACCGCUAUUAUGAUCUUCCCUUCUGUUCAGCAGCUCCUCCCAAGGAAAAAAAGGAAGCCCUCGGUGAAGUUUUGAAUGGAGAUCGAUUAGUCAGUGCACCUUACAAACUAGAGUUUCUGAAUGACAAAGAUUCAGAAGUUGCUUGCAAGGCAAAGUUGAAAAAGGAAGAUAUUGCUAAGUUCAGAAAGGCAAUUUCAAGAGACUAUUACUUCCAAAUGUACUAUGAUGACUUACCAAUAUGGGGUUUCUUGGGAAAGGUUGACAGGGAAGGCAAAACUGACCCCAUUGACUACAAGUACUACCUCUUUAACCAUCUUCACUUUGAAAUCUUUUACAAUAAAGAUCGCGUUAUUGAAAUUAAUGUACAAUCUGAUCCACACGCCCUAGUGGACUUGACUGAGAAUAAAGAAGUCAAAGUGGAUUUCUUGUACACGGUUAAAUGGAAGGAAACUGAUACUCCUUUUGAGAAGAGGAUGGAGAAGUACUCACAUUCUUCCUCUUUGCCGCAUCACUUGGAAAUCCAUUGGUUCUCAAUAAUUAAUUCGUGUGUGACAGUUCUUCUCUUGACUGGUUUCCUUGCUACAAUUCUCAUGCGAGUUCUAAAGAAUGAUUUUGUGAAGUAUGCGCAUGAUGAAGAAACCGCUGAUGAUCAGGAGGAGACUGGGUGGAAAUACAUUCAUGGUGAUGUUUUUAGGUAUCCAAAGCACAAAUCUUUGAUAGCUGCAGCACUGGGUUCUGGCACCCAGCUAUUUGCUCUUGCAAUUUUCAUUUUCAUGCUUGCUUUAGUUGGUGUCUUUUAUCCAUAUAACCGAGGAGCUCUGUUUACUGCACUAGUUGUCAUAUAUGCACUUACUUCAGGGAUAGCAGGCUAUACAGCUGCCUCCUUCUAUUGCCAGCUAGAAGGAACUAACUGGGUGAGGAAUUUGUUAUUGACUGGAAGCCUUUUCUGUGGACCUCUUUUUCUCACAUUUUGCUUUCUCAACACUGUCGCAAUUGCGUAUAAUGCCACUGCUGCAUUGCCAUUUGGAACAAUUGUGGUCAUUUUUCUUAUAUGGACUUUGGUAACAUCACCUUUACUAGUGUUGGGUGGGAUUGCUGGGAAGAAUAGUAAGGCAGAGUUUCAAGCUCCUUGUCGCACCACAAAAUAUCCUAGAGAAAUUCCACCUUUGCCUUGGUACCGGAAGACUCUGCCUCAGAUGGCGAUGGCUGGUUUUCUGCCAUUUAGUGCUAUUUAUAUUGAGCUCUACUACAUAUUUGCCAGCAUUUGGGGUCACAGAAUCUACACCAUAUAUAGCAUUCUGUUCAUAGUUUUCAUUAUCCUAUUGAUUGUCACUGCUUUCAUCACAGUUGCAUUGACAUAUUUUCAACUUGCUGCUGAAGAUCAUGAAUGGUGGUGGAGGUCUUUCUUAUGUGGUGGGUCAACCGGCUUGUUCAUAUAUGCGUACUGCUUGUACUACUAUUAUGCACGAUCAGAUAUGUCAGGCUUCAUGCAGACCUCGUUCUUCUUCGGGUACAUGGCCUGCAUUUGCUAUGGUUUCUUUCUCAUGCUUGGGGCAGUUGGUUUCUGUGCUGCUUUGUUCUUUGUUCGUCACAUUUAUCACUCCAUCAAGUGUGAGUAGGUAACUGCAGAUCUCCAACAAGGUUCCAACAGGGAUGUUGGCAUUUCUUGAAGGCAAGUGAACUGUUGUUCUUCACCCUGGUUGCCAAUCUUUGCGUAGAGAAAAAUGGUUGGGGACACUACAGGAAGCCACUGAAGACCAUCCAUGUGAUCAAGGUCAAUACAUGAUUCAUCUAAUGAUACUAUGUUUCACCUGUAUGACAGUACUCUAGGAUGUUCUAAUACAAACUUGGAUCUUGUUAAUGUUAAAUGCGGGAACGAUAAUUUUUUCUCUUUAAUAUUUUGGAUUUCCCCUUUCCAUUCUCCUUCAAAGUGCCUUAACAUUCUGUAUCAAUUGUGUCUGAAAAUUUUGGGAU